UGUGGUAAAUCGGUUGAAUUUAAUGUUUUGAAAACCAAAAUCUUUUGGAGGCAAAGUUGACUUGUUGUGGAUAUUAAUUAGUUAUUUUAUUAUUUCAAUUUUUUCAAGUUAGUUUAAACGUUUUUUUUUUAAUUUCAACUUUUGAUCAUGGCGGAAACCAACUUGACCCUUUCUUUGGUUGCCAAUUUUGACGAUCUGGUGCGCCGUUUGAUUCCAUACAACACUGAGUUAACCGAUUUUUCCAUUGAAAUGGUAAAGCUAAUUGACACUUUGAACGAGCAACUUAAUUAUGCUCAAAACGAAGUUAAAGAAUUCAAAGAACGAUGCAAUCUGCUGGAAUUGGAAAAUCAUAAACUUUCAGCCAAUCUAAAAAACACUAAAGAAGCCUACAAAAAAGAAGUUGCUAUGCGCGCUUCUGUGUGCCGAGACCGUGAGGGUCUGUCAAAAAUAAACGAGAUCAACUUCUCAAGUGAAUUGCUGUCGGAUGAUGAUUUUGAUAAAUCUGAGGAUGAUAUUGAUGAACCGAUGAAUGAUAGAAGAGGAGAAAUCAAAUUCACAAGUAACAAAAACUUGCUCGCAGCUGAGGAGAAUAGAAAGCAAACGGAAAUCAAGUUCGCAAGCACACAGAAUCUUACUCCAAUCAAAGAAAAUAUUUCAAAACCAACAUUACUUCCUGGAAGCCAAAGUAAAAGUCGAAUUGAAAAUCGUGCUCAUUCAUUUGCACCGAAAAAAUUGUUCAGAAGUAACGAAACUUGUACGGUUUGCAACAGCAAAUUUGGAUUCUAUGCAGCCUAUUUUCGAUGCGCUGAUUGUCGCGCUUGUGUCCAUGGUGCCUGUAAAACAAAGCUACCAACGCCUUGCAUUCCGUACACAACGUCGAAUCAAAUAGAUAAAAAAGGGCGCUUGCUAACCAUUGCUGACUUCGUUAAUCCAAAUUCAAGACCGUGUAUACCUGGAAUAAUUGUCCAUUGCUGCCGGGAAAUCGAAAGAAGAGGCUUGAACGAACCUGGGCUCUAUAGAAUACCUGGAUCAGACAGUGAGGUCAAAGGAUUGGUGGAAAAAUUUCUCAGAUCGAAAAGUGGAGUUCCUAUUAUUUCGCAUGUUGAUGUUCAUGUUUUGUGUGGAGUAAUCAGAAAUUUCCUCAAUCGUUUGGAUGAUCCAUUGAUCACUCGAGUUCUAUGGAAAGAUUUUAUUGAUGCUGCUAAGAUGGAGAAUAGUGAAGACCGUCGGCCAUAUCUUAUCCAAGCAGUUUCUGAUUUGCCCAUACCAAAUAAACAUACAUUGGCAUAUUUAAUUCUCCACUUGAAACGUGUCAUGUCCUCUCCUCAUUGUAAUAUGCCAAUCUCAAACAUUGCCAAAGUGCUUGGACCUACAAUUAUAGGAUAUUCCUCCAACACAGAAAUAUUAACUGUGUCCGUUUAUUCUGAAACUUCUGCUCAGAUAAAAACUUUAGAAGCACUACUAAAUCUUCCAUCAGACUUUUGGUCAGAACUGAUCAGCGAUCCAGUAUCCGAGCAACCCAAACCAGCGCCAUUAGUAGAAGCUGUUAACAGACGACAAUCGAUCGGAUCUCGAGUUGUCGGUGGAUCAUUGCAAUCACAAGUUUUAAAUCCAUGGACAUCUAACAGGAGACAGAAGAAACGCCCAUUGUUCUAAAGCUUUUUGUCCAACAAUAUGACAAAUUAUCUAGUUUCCCAUUUCUAUUAUCUUUUCUGUCCAAUUCAUUCAUUAAGCCUUAUAUUCUCUUCAUUCAUAAUAUUUUAUAGUCAACUAUAUUUUCUUGUGACAGAAUAAACUCAACCAGUUUGUUUACAAUUCCAUCAAAUCACUAAUUUUACUAGUUACGAUUGAAAGAAAAAGUGAAGUGGUUCAUGUAAAUCACAAUAAAUUAUGCUCCGUAUGAAAAGCUUUUGAAAAAAGUUUGCACCCAAGCUUUGUAACUUCUUUUUUAACAAUUAAACAUUUAUUCAAAGCUAUA